CACUUGCUGCAUCUCUCUGGGAUCAUGUACCACUCCUCAAAGAUGUGGGCAAAGACAAUUACAGCAAAUUUUGCCAAUGUGAUUCAUGGUUUGAAUGCAAAUCACUUGACAGACCAAGUUAUUCAGAGAAGCAAGCGAAUGAUUCUAGAUACUCUGGGAGUGGGACUUCUGGGUACCAGCACCGAGGUCUGCCAUAAAGUGGCUCAGUACAGCAAGAUCUACAGCUCAGAUACAUCCAGUACCAUCUGGGGCCACUUGGAUUUCCGACUGCCUCCUCUGUAUGCAGCUUUUGUGAACGGAGUGGCUGUGCACUCCAUGGAUUUUGAUGACACGUGGCACCCAGCCACUCACCCAUCCGGGGCUGUGCUCCCUGCUGUGAUUGCACUCUCAGAGGCCUUUCCUCAGAAGAAAAAAGUCUCAGGCCUCGAUCUGCUCUUGGCUUUCAACGUGGGAAUUGAAGUGCAAGGCAGGCUGCUGCGUUUCUCCAGCGAAGCCAGGAAUAUCCCUAAAAGGUUUCACCCACCGACUGUGGUUGGUACAAUGGGGAGUGCAGCAGCUUGUGCCAAACUGCUAGCUCUCGACCAGCUGAAAUGUAAAAACGCCUUGGCUAUUGCUGCCUCCUAUGCAGGUGCCCCACUGGCUAAUGCAGCAACCCAAACGAAGCCCCUCCAUGUUGGUAACGCUGCCAAGCACGGGCUGGAAGCAGCUUGCUUAGCAUCCCAGGGCCUUCAAGGAAACAAACAGAUCUUGGACAUGGAGUCAGGGAUAGGUGCCUUUUAUACAGAUUACAACCCACAGACUCUGCCAGCCUUGCAGUCCUACCCAUGGCUGUUGGACCAACAAGACGUGGCCAUCAAACGCUUUCCCGCUCAUCUUGGAACGCAUUGGGUGGCUGACGCAGCAGCUUCUGUCAGGAGGAAGCUUGUCGACAGCAGCAACAACUUGCUCCCCCUCAAUAAAAUCGAGAAAGUCGUUCUCAGAGUCCCUGAGGUCAAAUACGUGAACAGACCCAGCCCCACGUCAGAGCACGAAGCUCGACACUCCUUCCAGUUUGUUGCCUGCUCUGCUUUGCUGGAUGGCAGCGUAUCGGUCCAGUCCUUCGCCGGUGAGAACAUUCACCGACCAGCCUUGCGGGAGCUCCUCUCCAAAACCCACCUGGAGCACCCUACUGAUAACACCCCGAGCUUUGAGAGCCUUUACUGCGAAGUGUGCGUCACGCUUCGGGGUGGCAGCACCGUCAGCGACCGCUGCGAUACAUUCUACGGGCAUUGGAGGAAACCUCUGGAAAAGGAGGACUUGGAGAAAAAGUUUCAGUGCAAUGCCUCCAGCAUCUUGCCUGCAGAGGCAGCAGAAGGCAUCAUAGAGACAGUGUACAAACUGGAAAAAGUAGAGGACUGUUCUGUAUUAAGUACGUUUUUAUCAGGCCAGUCAGCUAGAGUGCUUUCAGAGAAGCUAAGCUUCCUCUGAGGGUUGCAGAGUGAACAGCUAGAUGCUGCUCACAAACACAGAAUUUGGGACAAACUCUUCUCGAGCAACUCAAGCACUUUUAAACGGGACUCCUGUAAAGCAAGAGCCACGCUCUGUCCAAUAUCAUGGACUUUGACUAAGUAAAUAAUUUAGUGGUUACAAGUACAGCUCAGCCAGGCUGCACAGGCUGUCCUCUGCUGGCACAGUUGACUUCAGUUAUCUUUGUAUCUCCAGAGGCAGAGCACUGCUUGCAUGCAACACAAACACUUCCUUUCUCUUCUGCCCAAAAAUGUCUGCGUGUUCUGCCUCUGCUAAACUACUCCAUAAAGGAAAACAAAAUUCUGGAGGGAUAUGGAAAUGCCGCAUCCACGAGAAACAUCCCUGUCAGAAGGAGAGAGAACUAAAGCCUUUGUAUAUUUAUUUCUGUUGCUUUAGCUCUAAAGCCUCCUCGAAGAGGCCACCUCUGACGUCUGAGAUUUGACGUUUGUGCUAAAAUAAACAAGCGUUAGUAGCGCUUGAUACCCUGCAUGACGUCAGGCUUCGCUGUAACGCCCGGGCUCGCACUGAGGAGGUAAAGCUUAGUGCCCCUGCUGAUCACACCAGCUGCUGACCAGGAGGGACAACUCAAGACUCCUCAAACUGUUAUUUCCCAGUUCCACCUUCUGGCUGCCCCAGGGUUUGCUCCUGCUCCAGUUACAAAGUGCUUGCUGGACAAGACGUGAUUAGCAGUAAUUAGUGAUGACGAGAUCACUUGAGGCACUGCAAAGCACGGGCUACAGUGUACCCGCUGUGAGUAACAGACCUGCAAGCACCAGAACUCCACUUAUGCUCAGACAAUUCAGUGUCCACAGCGACAAAUCAACUUACCCUGAUGACAAAUUCUAGUGAUUUUUGGUUGCUUCAGGUGUACAAAGCCUCACCAGGUUGUGCCUCCAGGAGAGGCUGACAACCUUUGUUCGCAUCUGUACGAUCAAAGCAUGUGUUCCAACAUAUAUAAAAUGCACCUUCCUUAAGGCACUAAAGUAUGUAAGCAAGAAAAAAAUGUCAACAAAAUAAAACUAAUUCAUUUUACUGACUAAA